AUGAGAGUCUCUUUGCCGGUACACACCAAGACAAAUAUUCUGCAAAGUGGAGCGGCUUACCUGAGCGAGCCUGUCUUUGACGCAUUAGAAGAAAGCCAUGGCUACCCAUGCAGAAUAUUCACCCGAACGGACUUGACGAAGGUUCUCUUCGAGAAUCUCCCCCAGCGAGAAACGAGAAUCAGGACAGCAUGUGGCCUUUCCGACAUUCAGUUUACCGAAAGCGGCGUAAAUGCAACACUAGAAGAUGGCAGUACCGAGAAGGCAUCUUUCAUCAUUGGGUGCGAUGGAGUUCAUAGCAGAACAAGAGAGAUCAUUGAGCGUCUUUCGAUGGAUAGGACUGCUGGUGCCAGGUUGCAAGCCAGUGAACAGAUGGUGUCUAGCUUUCAGGCGCUCUACGGCCGCGCUUCUUACCUCGAUGGCGUCGAAAAGGGAACGUUUUUCGAAUCACGUGGCACUGGAAUGACUACUCAGUUAUACGCAUCAGACUCAGUCUCUACGUUUGCCCUUUUCCGAAAGAUCCACAGUCCCACGAACGAGAGAAGACGAUAUACCCAAGAAGAGACCCGAGACUUUAUGCAGGCAUUUGCAAACGUGUCUGUGGCACCAAAUCUCAAAGCCAAGGACCUCUUAGCAAAAUGCACAUGGUCAAGACUGGUCAACCAGGAAGAGGGACUGAUGAAAAUCUGGCACUAUGACCGCGUAGUUCUUGUCGGAGAUUCUGUGCAUAAGAUGACCUCGAACGCUGGUAUGGGGCUGAAUUGCGCCUUGCAAUCGUCUGUUCUCCUUAUGAAUGAGCUUCAAAAAAUCUCCACUCAAGCGGAUCUGGAUGUGGAAGCUUUUGGGAAAGUUUUCGCGACCUAUGGCGAGACUCGCUUCAGAGAAGUUCAACCUGUCUAUGACAUGUCAGCAAAGGUAGUCCGUACCACAACUUGGAGUACCUGGGGGCUUUGGUUUCUCGACCAAUACGUUGUACCACUCAUCGGCUUAAGAAGGGUCAUAGGCAGCAUAUCACAGACUGUCAUUCGUCGUGGGCGGUUGCUGAAUUAUGUUACAAGGGAGGGCCGGCAGGGUACACUGCCUUGGACUGAGUAA